CGACAUGGCUCCUCCGCUGGUGCUCAUGGUGGCAGAGAAGCCAUCGCUCGCCGAGAGCAUAGCCAAGAUCCUAUCGUCUGGAGAGUGCGUCUCGCGAUCUGGGAUCAGCUGCAAUGUUUGGGAAUAUACCGCCAAAUUUAUGUGUGAGCCCGCGCAGUACCGGGUGACCUCGGUGUUGGGGCAUGUCUUUUCAUGCGACUUUCCAAAGAAAUAUAACAACUGGGAGUCGGUCCCGCCCAUCGAGCUGUUUGAGGCCCCUGUCGAGCAAGUCGAGGCCAACCCAAAGAGCCGCAUUGUUCAGCAUCUCGUCAACGAAUCGAGAGGGAUGGACUACCUGAUCCUGUGGCUGGACUGCGACCGCGAAGGCGAGAACAUCUGCUACGAAGUCAUUCGGUGCGUCCGCAACGGCUUCAAACCUCGGGAGCGCACCAAGGGGCCCAAAACCUAUGCCACCACCGACAUUGGUGCCGACGAGCGAAUCUUCAGAGCAAAGUUUUCAGCUAUCACAUCGUAUGACAUCAAGCGAGCGCUGCGACACCUCGUUGCCCCAAACGAAAACGAAGCCAAGGCCGUGGAUGUGCGUCAGGAGCUCGAUCUGAAGAUCGGAUGCGCCUUCACCCGGUUCCAAACUCGGUUCUUCCAGGGCAAGUAUGCCAACCUGGACUCAAGCUUGAUAUCGUUUGGGCCCUGCCAGACGCCAACCCUCGCACUGUGCGUCAAACGGCACGACGAAAUACUUGGUUUCGUCCCAGUGCCGUACUGGACCAUCACAGGUCAGAUCAAGGUGGCCAGACGGACCAUCACGAUCACUUGCGAGCAAGGCCGCAUGUUUGACCGAAACCACGCCAUCGGCAUCAAGAACUCAUUCAAGGUCCCGGCCAAGGCCAAGGUUGUUGCCAUCGUAUCUGAGAAGCGCACGGUACCGCCGCCUGUAGCCCUCAACACCGUGGAGCUGCUCAAGAGCGCAUCGGCCUGGCUCGGCAUCAGUCCAAGCGAUGCAAUGUAUAUCGCCGAGCGGCUGUAUAUGCAAGGCUACAUCUCCUAUCCCAGAACAGAGACGUCAAAAUAUCCCCUACACUUUGACCUCAAGGCAGCUCUUAUCAUUCAGAAAGACCACUCGCAGUGGGGUGUUUAUGCUUGUGACAUUCUGGACAACACCAAUUCAUUCUCCAUCUCGACCGGACAGGACCACGGAGACCAUCCGCCAAUCACCCCAACUCGAUGCGCCGAGGAGAUGGAGCUUGGGGGCGGCGACCUCUGGAGACUAUACGACUUUAUCACACGGCACUUCAUCGGCACUCUGUCGCCGAGCCUUCAAUAUGCCAAAACCACCGCCCGGAUUGCGAUCAGCGGAAGCGACUCGGAUGUCCAUUCUGCCACCUUUCAUUUCAGCUGCAGCAGGGUCAAGAAACCCGGUUUCACCAAUGUGAUGCACUGGAAGUCCAUGUCCGACGAGAUUCUGCCAGCCGAGAUCCAAGAGGGCUCGGUGUUUGAUGUCGUCGACAUUGCCAUGAAGGAAGGCAAAACAGAGCCCCCGGAGUACUUGACAGAAAGCGAUCUUAUUGACCAGAUGGAGAAGCUGGGCAUCGGUACGGAUGCGAGUAUGGCUGUGCACAUAUCAAACAUUGUCAAUCGAAAAUAUGUGCAAAUCCAUGGCAAGCAGCGAUACUUGGUUCCGACGAAUCUCGGCAUCGUCUUGAUUCAUGGAUACCAGAAAAUCGAUCCGGAUCUGGCGCUGCCGACGCUCCGCUCAUCGAUGGAGGCGCGGAUCAAACUGAUUGCCGACGGCAAGGCCAAGUACUCGGAUGUUCUGAAGGAGGCCAUACAAGUAUACUCGUCAAAGUUUGAUACGUUCACCAAGAAGAUCGAGAACAUGGAUCACCUCUUCGAAGCCACAUUUUCUCCUCUGGCGUCCUCUGAGAAGCCAUUUUCCAAGUGUGGCAGGUGUCUGCGCUACAUGCACUACAUCAACCUGAAUCCUCCCCGACUGCACUGUCGCAAUUGCAACGACACUUACAGUCUGCCACCGAACGGCAACAUAAAGCUUUUCAAAGAACUCAAGUGCCCCCUUGACAACUUUGAACUCAUCAUCUUCUCGACCGGCAGCAAGGGGAAAGGGUAUCCUCUCUGCCCGAUGUGCUACAACGCCCCUCCAUUCGAGAACAUCGAGCCAGGGAUGGGAUGCAACGCUUGUGUUCAUCCAACGUGCAGACACAGUCUCACGACCACAGCCAUCACCUCUUGUCCGGAUGAGGGCUGCAACGGCGUGCUUGUCCUGGAUGCCACAUCCGCGCCCCGCUGGAAGAUGGGAUGCAACAAAUGCAACAUUGUCUCCAGCUUCAACGACGUCGUCAAUGAAAUCACGAUCCAGGAUGAUGUAUGCGGUGACUGUGGCGCACGCCUCAUGACGGUUCAGUUCCAGAAGAAGGAGGGCAAGGACGACUUCACCGGAUGCGUUGUUUGUGACGAUGAGCUGGAUGUCUUGCUCGAGACAAAAGUCGUUCGUGCCGGCAGGUAUCGCGGCCGUGGUCGACGAGGAAGAGGCGGUCGCGGCAGAGGCAAAGGCAGAUCGAGCGUAAACAGCCGCGGCGGAAGCAACACCGCUAGUCGUGGUGGUGGAUCCGGACGAGGACGUGGUGGUGGUGGCCGGGGUGGCCAAGGACAGAGGGGAGGCAAUGUCCAAGGACUGAGCUCGCGAAUAGGAUCCAUAUCGCUCUUGGAUGCUAUCAAAUACAAGGGUGGGUCUCAGGAGUGGUAGCCGAAUGAAAUAGCCUCGAGAUGAACGCUGGGUCAGGAUAUCAUUGACCUUGGAUGGAGCGUGCCACUCGUCUAUGGUCCGGUCGUUACAAUACAGAAUCGCCAAUACGAGUGGAACACGCCCUCGUUUCAGUGUCGCUUGUGACUGUGCUGCGAACAUGGACC